UGCCUAGCUCGGGCUUCACUCGCCGCCUCUCGCAGGGAUCGGGAGCGCUGCGCGAAGCACGGGCAGUGGAGAGGGCGUUGCGCUCGGGCUACCCAAUGCAUGGACUAUCUGCAGCCGCUGCUCAUGCAAUAUGCUGGAGCUCCAGAACAGCUAAACGGAGUUGCCACACCGCUGCCUGGGCUGGAUCACAGCGCUGCCUUUCCUUAUGAAGAAGACACAAACUUGGAUUAUCACUUGCAUUUAUCUUCAACUGCUCCUAUUUAGUCCUCUCGUCAAAACUCAAGGAAUCUGCAGGAACCGUGUGACUGAUGAUGUGAAAGACGUUACAAAAUUGGUGGCAAAUCUUCCAAAAGACUAUAAGAUAACCCUCAAAUAUGUCCCCGGGAUGGACGUUUUGCCUAGUCAUUGUUGGAUAAGCGAGAUGGUGGAACAAUUGUCAGUCAGCUUGACUGAUCUUCUGGACAAGUUUUCAAAUAUUUCUGAAGGCUUGAGUAAUUACUCUAUCAUAGACAAACUUGUGAAAAUAGUCGAUGACCUUGUGGAGUGCAUGGAAGAACACUCAUUUGAGAAUGUAAAAAAAUCAUCUAAGAGCCCAGAACCUAGGCUGUUUACUCCUGAAAAAUUCUUUGGAAUUUUUAAUAAAUCCAUCGAUGCCUUCAAGGACUUGAAGAUGGUGGCUUCUAAAACUAGUGAAUGUGUGAUGUCUUCAACAUCAAGUCCUGAAAAAGAUUCCAGAGUCAGUGUCACAAAACCAUUUAUGUUACCCCCUGUUGCAGCCAGUUCCCUUAGGAAUGACAGCAGUAGCAGUAAUAGGAAGGCCUCAAAUCCCAUUGAAGACUCCAGCCUACAAUGGGCAGCCGUAGCAUUGCCAGCAUUCUUUUCUCUUGUAAUUGGGUUUGCUUUUGGAGCCUUAUACUGGAAGAAGAAACAACCAAAUCUUACAAGGGCAGUUGAAAAUAUACAGAUUAAUGAAGAGGAUAAUGAGAUAAGUAUGUUGCAAGAAAAAGAGAGAGAGUUUCAAGAAGUGUAAUUGUGGCUUGUAUCAACACUGUUACUUUCGUACAUUGGCGGGUAACAGUUCACGUUUGCUUCAUAAAUGAAGCAGCUUUAAACAAAUUCCUAUUCUGUCUGGAGUGACAGACCGCAUCUUUAUCUGUUCUUGCUACCCAUGACUAUGUGGAUGAUUCAGAAAUUGGAACAAAGUGUUUUACUGUGAAACUGGCACUGAAUUAAUCAUCUGUAAAGAAGAACUUGCACGGAGCAGGACUCUAUUUUAAGGACCUGGGGGAUUUGUGGUCUCAAUUAGAACUUGCAGCUGAUGUUGGGAGAGAAAGCACGUGUCCCAGACUGCACAUACCGUUUUGCAUGCCUCCAGAAACGUCUAAUUGUUGAAAAACCACAUAGCUUUAUUUUACAGUUACAACCUGCAGUUCAUAGUUAUCUUGGUCUCUGCAAGUAGAUUUCAGCCUGGAUAGUGGGGGGGUCAUCAUUUUUACCAAAGGGAUCUAGAAAAAAUUCAAAAAACAAAAACUCAAUAGCAUCAGCCACUGUUCAUUUAGAAAGCGGUGGGAAAAGAGGGUGGGAGUAGGCGCAAGUCAGUCUUACAGCUGCUGAUCAAUGAAUGAUAUGGGUCUGAGCUUGGUCUCUUUCUGACACAGAGUGUGCUCAACCGUAUCCCACUAGACAAAUGGACAUGGUUGUCUGACUUUAGUCAUGCAGGGCAGCCAGUACUGAAUUACACCAGUGAUGCCUUUGCAGAGGAGAGACUCCGAAAGAGUCAUCACAUGAAGAAGCUGUGGACACUCCAGCAGAACAGUCUGCCGAGGAGGGCAUCUGGCACCCCUGGUGAAGUCAGCCUUUGCCCUUGACCACUAUGGCGUGUACAAAUUGUGCUUGCAAAUUAUAUUACGAAAUGUUUCUAUUCUAAAACUAUUACAGAGUUACGUAAAGGGACUUAGGAGAAAUCACUGAAUGUAUGGAGGCCGCAUUUUCAAUUUCUGCUGUGGGAGAGAGUAAAUAUAAAUUAUGAUAUUUAGUAUCUAUGGUUAGAUAACCACACUCACAUGCUAAUAUGGGUGUUGAAAACUAGGUGACUUGGCUUUUUCAAGAAUGCAGGGAAUCAGGAAACUUUAUUUAUAGUAUAAUCACCAUUAUCUGUUUAAAGGAUCCAUUAUUUAAAAUCAGGCACUCUGUAUUCAUUAAGGUUUAUGAAUUAAAAAUAAAAAGAAAGCUUUAUGUAGUUACGCAUGUCAGUUUGCUAUUAAAAUAUGCGACAGCGUUUUUGUCAUAUUGAGUGAACUUGACAGGAAUUCCCAAGAUGGACAUUGCAUUUUUAAACCAGAACUUGUAAGACAUUAAGUGAAUUUCCCUUGCCAAUUUUUUUUUAUUUCAAAGGAACAUCUGACUAAGGUCAAAGAAUGAUUUCUUUUGGCUUAUUUUGAUCAAGAUUCUUUUAAUAUAUCACAAACGUACACAUAAAGGAAUCCAAAGCUUUCCAUUCUAACUUGAUCCUUGUGAUAGCAUCAUUGCCAUGUCUAUCACCGUCACAUGACUAUUUUCAAUGCAGUGAUAGAGAAGGGCAUGAAAAACUGCUAUCUUUCCUUUGUUUUCAAAAGUCCAAGAAUUUCUAGUAGAGUUGGAUUUUAGCUUAUGUUCAAAGCUAAUUCAAAUACAACUCUAGUAAGUGGCCUUUGCUCUUUUUUAUACCAAAGAGCUCAGAUGAUUUCUACGAUCCCUUCUCUAAAGUGCUGUGGUUCCUCAAACACUAGUCAUGUCUCUAAGAUACAACCCAGAUGCUUUGGGAAGCUGCAUUAAUUUAUUCAGUCCCUCAAAUAUCCCAUGGUACAACUGAUUAUAUAUAAUAAAACCAGAGAUCAAUUUAAUGGCUGAAAGGACCUGUCUCAGUGUGUGAUAUUGAUUGUUUUGAAGAAAAUAGACAUAGAUUAACAUGAGUAUGUGUGUAGGUCAUGUGUCGAUUGAGAAGAUUGAUACUUCUCAAUCUAAUAGUUUGUUUCAGCAAUGGGUUCAGUUUUUGUAAGUAUGUAAAAAUGCUGCUUAAUGAGCUUUAGAGUAUAAUAGAUGUACUUUUGUUCUCAAAGCUGGUAGCUGGGUUUUAACACACAAGGACAUGGUCCUAAUCGAUAGAGUUAAAUAAACAAAUUCAGCAAGUUAUGAAAUCUGGCAUGGUAGGCGAAGGGAGAUGUAUUCUGCCUAAUUAAAUGUAUUGGUUCAUUGAGAGUUGUGUGGAUUACCAAUUUUUAAAACACUAAAAUUCAGUAAAAUACACAAACAAUAGAAAAAUGCUGAACAUUACUUUGGUUGGUAGUUGCUUGGGAAUGAACUGUCAUAUCUACUUGGAGAUUAAAAAAUAUAUAUACAUACAUGUCUUUGCUUUAUUUUAUCCAAUAUGUGUUCUGAACAUCCUUUAUAAAUCAUGGAAAACUCACAACUGACAUCUUAAACUGUAAAAUCACCUUUUAAAUUGGUGCCAUGUAUCUGAUAGUUCUCUUUUGUAAUGUUUCAAAAUUGUCUUUUAAACUGGUUUCAGAAGUCUGCAGAUUCUAAAUUAUACUUUAGUAUAAAGUAUAAUUAAGCUUUGUACCUCUGUGGUAGAACCCAAAUCUAUAGAGAAACUGGCACUGAUAAACGGUGCCUGCCCUGUGAUAUCAAAGCGUUGCUGGAUUUUGUAUUAUAAUCUGAUGUGCUUACCACACAGCCGGUUUCUAAUGAGUCAGAAACAAGUUAUUUUUUUCAAUACUUUAAUAGAACAAGUACCCUAUUCUCUUUGAAAAGGAUUAACUAUGUGAAAAAUGACAAUGUAUGAUAAAGUAUGUUCACAAUGAAAUAUCUGCUUUUAGUAAGAAUUAAAGUACUUUGGAGAAACUUUGUGGCAUAUUUUGGUAUUCUAAUACAAAUGAAGUUUUAAAUUAAUAGAAAAAUCCAUUCAGAAUUCAUGGAUAUUUCUUAAUGUUUUUCUGAAGCUAGGUUCUGGUUUCAAAAUGUAAUUCCAGUAUGGGGCUUUUAGCCAUUCCCUACCUAUACUAAUUUAACUAGGAAAUAUAUUUUUCAAGAAGGCAGUUUGACAUAGUGGGAUGGAUGUUAGGAAAAAUUGUCGGGAGCUUCCACUCUGCCAUUAACAGGUAUUGGUAAAUCACUGCCCUUCUUUGGCUCUCAAUUUUUAUUUAUCUAUAUGGUGAAGUCAGGUCAUACCAUAGGUAUGAGAGAAACCUAUUGAUAUGUGACUGACAAAGAUGAUAAAAUAGAGCUGAAACUAUCACAUAUAAAAUAUCCAACUCUGAUCUCUGUGAGUAAGCAAUUUGAACAUAAAAAGCUAUGGCUGUUCUUGUUUGUAAUGUAAAUAGGGUCCAUUCGUAAAAGUGAAAAUCAGUCUCCUGUAGGGUGAGUCGGAUAACCACUUACACAAGAGAUGGCUUUUUCCUUUGCUUAAAUAAACAUUUUUGGAUCACCUCUGAAGAAUGAAAACCAAGAGUACAUUUUACCCAGGAAAAGAUAAGAUGUGUGUAACAUUUGGAAGUAUACCAAAUUAAGCAUUUAAAUGCUCUCAUUUUCUUAAAAGCUAAGAGCAGAAAAUGUAAGAUGCUUAUAAAGUUGUUAACUGCAAAAAGAUACUUUAGAAUCCAUUUGGAGAUGGGUAAACCAUAAAUUAUAUUUCAAGUUGGAAUAUAUUUCAGUUGAAUUGGAAAGUGGGAUAAGAAUUUUAAAGAAAGCCAGCUUGUUUUGAAACAGUAUUAUUCUGAAAUUGGCAUUAAAAUAUAAACAUUCAGAUUGAAAUUCCAACCACUUUAUUUGUGGUGUUUGAUCACACAGUUUAUGGUGUUGCUGGAAAUGCCUUUGUCUGUAAAGAUAAAAUAAUGGUUCUUUCAUUUCCUAACAAGAUACUGUUUUGAAAUAAUCCAUAUUAAAAUGGAUAUUCUUGAUCCUAAAAUGUUUCCUAAGCAUUGUAUAUGUAUUUAUAACCGCCGUCUCCAAUUACAUCUUAAUUAUGUUGUUUUUAAAAAUAAAAUUGUUUAAACUAAAAACCAUAGUAUUUUCAGUUACUUGAUUUCUGAGCUAUGACUCACUAAAUAAAAAUUUCCAAUCAAAAUACCCUAUUCUCCUAUAUUCUAAGGAUUAAUGUGUGAUUAUAGUGUCCACUUGCCACUAUUUUUUAAAUCAAUGGACUUAAAGUAUUCAGACAUUUAGAUGGAUGCACAGAUAUAUUGCUAGUUCAGUCAUAGAUUGGAGUUUGCAUAUUGUAAUAUAAAUGUAUGUCAACAUUAUUCUAUAGUUUUAUUAUGACUGAAGUUUAAUUAAAUAAAAAAGGUUGUAAAAUGUGAUGUGUAUGUGUAUGUACUGUAUGUGUACUUUUUAAAAUAGGUUUAUGUCCUGACCCUUUUUUAUACAGGUUUGAAUUUGAAAUUACAUUAUAUAUACACAUACUUUAUUGUUCUAAAUAAAGAAUUUUAUGCACUCAAA